AUGAAAACUAUUGCUGUCAUAGGUCUAGGUUAUGUUGGACUUCCUUUAAGUAUUGAAUUCGGAAAAUAUCGUCCGACAAUUGGUUUCGAUGUUAACAAAGAUCGAAUAAAUGAACUUAAACUUGGUCAUGAUUCUACAAAUGAAUUUUCAAGCGAAAACUUAAAAUGUGUUGAAUUUCUUCAAUAUUCUUAUUCAUUAGAUGAUCUUCGUUCGGCGCAAAUAUUUAUAGUUGCUGUUCCAACACCAGUUAAUGCACAACGCCAACCUGAUUUGUCAAAUCUAUUGAAAUCAUCAGAAAUGAUUGGAAAAAUUUUAAAACAGGACGAUAUAGUUAUAUACGAAUCAACUGUUUAUCCUGGUGUAACAGAAGAUGAAUGUGUUCCAAUUUUAGAACGAAUAAGCGGUUUAAAAUAUAAUGAAAACUUUUUUUGUGGAUAUUCACCUGAACGUAUCAAUCCCGGAGAUCAAAAUCAUCAACUGAGUAAUGUUUGUAAAAUUAUUUCAGGUUCAACACCUGCGAUUAGUCAAGAAAUAAAUGAACUUUAUCAAGAAAUAAUUCCAGCAGGUACAUACGUAGCACCAUCUGUUCGAGUAGCAGAAGCAGCGAAAAUGCUUGAAAAUGUUCAACGUGAUGUCAAUAUUGCUCUUAUGAAUGAAAUAACACGUAUUUUUCGAUUGAUGAAUCUUGAUACUCAUGAAGUAUUAAAAGCUGCUCGAACAAAAUGGAAUUUUAUUCCAUAUGAACCAGGAUUAGUUGGUGGUCAUUGUAUUGGUAUUGACUCAUAUUAUUUAAUACAUAAAGCUUGUCAAUUAAACUAUUAUCCAGAAAUUGUCUCAAGCGCACGUCGCAUGAAUGAUAGUAUGGGAUGUUUUAUUGUUGAACAAGUUAUUAAAUUAAUGAUACGUAAAAAUAUACAAAUUAAUGGUGCAAAAAUAUUAAUUUUAGGUAUAACUUUUAAAGAAAAUUGCCAUGAUAUUCGAAAUUCUAAAGUUAUUGAUAUUAUUAAUAAAUUAAUAGAAUUUGGUUGUCUCGUGGAUGUUGUUGAUCCAUGGGCAGAUUCAGAAAAAGUUUAUAAUGAAUAUAAAAUUACUCUUAAAUCUACAAAUGAAUUUCAGAUGAUUAAUAAGAAAAUAAUUAUUGAAAAUUAUGAUACAGUUAUUAUUGCAGUAGCUCAUCAAGAAUUUUCUUUGUAUGAUUUUUCUUCAAUGUCAACCGCUAAUAAAGUUCUUUACGAUGUUAAAGGAAUUUUACCAAAAGAUAUUGUUGAUGGACGAUUAUAA